CGCUGCGCCAGUCGCACCGCUCGCACCACGAUAUUUGCACAGUGCACGCGCCCGUGGCCAACUGUCCACCGAUAUCGGUAUCGCCUAUCGGUCAGAUUUCUAUCUAGUCACUUGAUCUGUGGUCUCCACCCAUGUGUGAAGUUUGACCGCCCUCUAUUAUUCGGGUUCGGUUUAAUUUAAAAAUAUUUUUUUAUUGAUUUCCAAAAACUCAAUAAGUAUUUAUAAACAAUCAAAUCUGUAACUAUCCCGCAAAUCUCCCAUUUCAAAGCAAGACAUAAAUUACAACCCAAACUGGUGAUUAGUGAUAAGUGAAUGGAAAUUAUGACAUGUGAUGCAUAACGUUAAUCGUUAUUUACAUUAAUUUCGUGCAAAGUGUAAAUUCGUGAAUAAUGGAAUGGUCUGUUAAUUGAGGAGCUGCUUGAUUGGAGUCCCAGACUGUGAGCAUAAUAACAUGACACCAUAGGAUUUGCUAUUUCGGUCGUGGAUUACAGUGUCAAGGUUGUCAACAUUGAUGGGCCAGAUGUCGGUUUAUGGGAGAGAUGCGCGGUGCGCAGACGAAGCUCGGUGCGACGUUUACUGUAAAUAAAUAAUGACCUAAUUGUACCUUACGUCUUCGCUAUUUCGGUGCAUGUGUGAUAUGACUUCCAAUCUGUCCAAAGUAAACGGGCACUUCAUCGAUAUUCAGCGGAGAAAACUGGUCGUCGCAGCGUCUACUUUCAUAGUUUUCUACAGGGCACUCCCUUUCUCUACAAACACUGGACGGUAAUUCGAGUCUAGUACUGCAUGUGUGACAACAUAUUAUUGAAAAACUUUCGAAUGUACUCGCCUAGCAGCAUGACAUAGAAUCACGAUGUACUGCCCUACGAUGCCUUACUACGACGAGAGUUUUAUCAACGAGGAUAAUUUGAAUCAAAAAAGAAACAAACGAAGCUAUCGGGUCUACAAAAAUGGGUUGGCGCCGAUGUGCUACUUCGAUGCCAACGAGAGGCUCCAAGCUUUGGAGGAGAGACCGACUUCUGUUAUUAAAAGGAACUUGAGGAACAUCAAGCAGCGGGGUCAACGCUACAGAGUGGAGCCCGUAGCAACAGCGCAGUCGGGAUCCGUCGUCAAGAAAGGAACCCCGGACAUAUUUUCUUACAACUAUCCGCGCAUUAGCGUCUUCGAUCCCAAUAAGCUCUACGAUAUACAGAACAAUAAUAUUCCGCAGUUAUCGUCGUGUAAGAGCUUCGACAACUUGACGCUGAAAAAGGAGAGGAAGUUUACGAAAAACAUAUUGAAAAACGGCAUCAGUCUGCAGAAUUUGAGCAGGGAUGACAGUGUCAAACACUACGUGUCUCCCGCCGCGGACGAAGGAAUAAACUACAGGAAAGCAGACGUGAGGAAUUCCUAUUCUGUAUCCGAUGCUCGACGCCGUCCUAUUCAAAGACGUAUUUCCCGAAGCACCGCUGCACCAGGAGUCGGAAUUUAUAGGAAAAUAAACGGAGACAGCAGCGCUGAUAAAAAACUACACGACAACGAGUGUGAGGUCGGGUCGGGUCACCGAGGGUCGCUGCGCGGCGCCAACAAGCUAGCGCGGCGCGCGCGCUCCUUCAAGGACGAUCUACUGGAGCGCAUAUCCAACAUGCGCUCGCCGGCGCAGCCUUCGCAUCCGCCACAUCUUUCCUCCAACCUCAGGUCGCACUCGCCUCUCAGCCCGAAGCCUCGCAGCAUGGGCGUGAAACCAGUUACGGCGGAGGACGGUGAAAUCACACCAGCCAAAGAACUCGAACGGCUAGUCAAAGAGGUCACAUUUGGACUAAAACAUUUCUCAGAUGUCAUCACAAAACGCAAACUGGAAAUGUUGCCCGACAACGGUACUAUUGUAUUCGAGUCGAUUGCUAAUAUACACAAAGCAAUAAAACCCUACUGCAGUAGAUCGCCGCCCCUACUGAACGCUGUCAAGAGGUUAUGCACAGCGCUAGCGAUGCUCAUACGUCUGUGCGACGAGGUGACGGUGGUGACGUUGCGAGCCGACGCCGAGGACUCCAAGCCGGACGACAUACCGGCGCUGUCGCCGGAGAACGUCAGCUCUGUCGUCAAGGGGCUGACUGACGCCGUCAACGACGUGGCGGCUCUGGCGCAGCAGUACAUGACCAGGCCGGCGCUGUCGCCCCGACCAGCGCUGGUGUCCCCCCGAGCGUCCACGCAGAGGAAUUCUUUACCUGACAUCCCGCUGACACCCAAGGAGCGGUCGCUGCUGACGGGCGAGGGGGGCGGGACUGACGGCGGCGUGCGCGCUUCCCACUCCAGCGAGUCCGUGCUCGACGCGCCAGACUCGCCGCCGCCCAAACCCGCCAGGCCUAUACAGAAGUUCGAGCUCGCGCCUCCUUUGCCGCCGAAGCGACGCCCCGCCAAUGACAACUCGCUGCUAGGACUGUCCGUCGAUAGACUAUCCCUGCAAUCACACAGCAGCGGUUCGGUGGACUCGAUGCUGAACGAGGAGCGACACUCGCACGACCCCAUGAACCACGAGGUGUUCGUCACAGCGCCUAGCACGGAUUUAGUCGCGUGUCGGUGCAACGCGUCCGAAAUGAGAACGUCUGUGGAGUCAAACGAUAUACACUUGAACAACAUCCAUGGACACUCAAAUCACAAUCGCUUCUCCAACGAAUCAGGGUUCGUGUCGGUCGGUCAGGCGGAGAUAUCCACAGAACACAGCUUCACAUCCACCUUCUCUUCCCACCACUAUUCUAGUCACACGGACAGUACUUUUGAGAGUACAGAGUGUGUCAGCGAAACCAAGUGCACCGUCCAAAGUGUUGAGAGCCGCGUCUUCACACACCACACGUCGAAGUUGGCGAGUAUAACGUCGGACGAGAGCGAGACGCCGCCCGAGUUGCCGGUCAAGACGAGGCGGAACGUGCGCGCCGACAUGCAGCACUGCUUCCCGGAUAUUGAGAUCAGGAAAAGCCCUGCGUUUUCGUUGAACGAGCCGCGGCCGCACACGCUGGCGGAACACAACCAGCGCCCUCCGCCGCUGCCGCUAAAGAAGAAACACAUGUUUCAAAGCGUCGCCUAUAGUGUUAUGGCGUAUAUGGAGAUGUUCGGGAACUGCAGUCAUACCGUCAACACUCACCCGCCGAUCAACCCCGAAGCCCCGUCCGAUAUGUUCAGACAUUCUAUACACACUUAUAAUUUGACGAGUAGCGCGCAACACUCUAGCACGGGCAGCCUGAGCGUGGGGCAGGUGCAGCGCGCGCUAGCAUCCUCGCUCACAGUGCAGCAUCUCAGCACGCCGCCUCUCAGUGGUUCAGAAGACAGCGUGAGCAUGAAGACGUCUAGUCGGAGCAGCCCUGUGCCGCCCGAGCCGCCCGCGUUACCGCCAAAGAUGAAUAAAGUUAAUAAACUGGUGUCAAUAAACACAAGCAACGAGCUCAUACCGCCGGCGUCGCCGCUGCUGUCGUCACACAACAGCUCCGCAGACAUGUCGCUGUUAAAUAACAUGAGUACAGACGAGGUGUAUGUAAGCAGUUCGUCACCGGGCAAGUUCCCGCUUGAUGACGAAGAGAUGGAGCGACUCGGCCGGCCCAUGCCCUCGCCCGCGCCAUCCGUGGUGAGUAUGGGCAGUAUAGAAACGACGGCGGACGUCGCGGUAACGGAGUCUUCAGAUACAACCGCGGACACGGAUGAUAUGAUGCUCAAGACAGAUGUUAGCGCGUUCCUGCAGCUUAAAGCGCCUGAGACGGACGCGCGCCAAACGGACGGACGGAGCGGCCAAACGGACGCGCGCGCCAACUACCCCGAAGUGCGCGGCGGACAUCCCGACGCGUUAAUAGUGCUCGCCACUAAGGCCACCAAAGAAACGGACGAGUAUUUCGCUUACCAAGAGGCUUUCCUGGCUACGUACAGAACUUGGGUCUCACCCAGUGAUUUAGUGAAGAAACUAACUCGACGCGCGAACCACUUCAAAGCGAGGCCACACGAGUUGCGGUCUACCUUGAGCCUGCUAACUCGAGUCGUUGCUGAUUUAACUAUAACAGACUUAGACCAGACGCUAAUGCAAGAAAUAAUGGAGUUCAUAUACUGGUUGGUGGAAGUGGAGGAGUUGCCCAUAUCGAGGGCGCUGAGGCAAAUACUAGUCGACAAACAAAAACAAAUACACUUCCAGCAUAUGAACAACAGCCGAUACGAGUACGAGACGCCGUGCUACGGCAGCAUAACGCUGCGACGGGACACGCUGCUCGACUUCAAGGCUCAGGAGCUAGCGGAGCAGAUGACGCUGCUGGACGCGGCGUUGUUCGCGCGAAUAUCCGGCGCGGAGAUGCUGUCGUGGCCGCGGGAACAAAGCGAGGAGAGCUCACCCAACCUCACCAGGUUUACCGAGCACUUCAAUAAGAUGAGCUACUGGGCGCGCUCGAGGAUACUCGAACAGUAUGAAGCACGAGAACGCGAGAAGUACGCGAAACAUUUACUCCGAGUCAUGAAGAUUCUACGCAAGAUCAACAACUACAACUCGUACCUGGCUCUCGUAUCGGCAUUAGACUGCCCGCCCGUGCGCCGGCUCGGCUGGCCGCGACAUGUCACAGACUUGCUGCGUGAUCACGGCGCGCUAAUCGACUGCUCCCACUCCUUCCGCGCGUAUCGACAGGCGCUCGCUGAUACACAGCCGCCGUGUAUACCGUACAUUGGUCUUUUCUUGCAAGACCUGACAUUCAUCCACGUGGGCAACCCCGACUUGCUGCCCGACGGCAGCAUUAACUUCACCAAGCGGUGGCAGCAGUACAGCAUACUGGAAAACAUGAAGAGAUUCCAUAAAGAGCAAUACAAGUUCAAGAAGAACGAGCGGAUACAGGCGAUGUUCAACGACUUCGACGACGUGCUGAGCGAGGACACGAUGUGGCAGAUAUCGGAGGCGAUCAAGCCCGGCCGCGCGCGCUCGACGUCGCCGCCCCGCCCCCCGCCGCCGCCGCCGCCACGUAGCCGCGACACACACACUAGUAUAAUUUGAAUCCAAAGAAUAAAUUCGUGAAUCGAGGUAAACAUGAGACUUAUCUAUGAGGAAUUGUUUGAUUUAGAUUGAAGCAAUGUGAUUAUCUGUCCUAAAAAGGCCUAAUUAUUUUUAAUGUAUUUAUUGGUAAUGCGAUUUCAUCUGUGAUCGGUCGGAUGAUGCCAGUCGGCGUUUGAGUGUAAGGUGUGCUAGUGUACUGUCAAUAAUGGCUAAUCAGUAACUUAUGUAGAGUAUUUCAAACGCUCCACGUGUCGCUACAAUAUUUUUGUAUGAAUUUGUUCGCUUAAAUUAUAAUAGUUAUAAACCGGGUACGUCAGUGCAAAAGAGGCUAUUUGGUAAAAAACAAAGAAAUGUGCAGGGCCAGCUUAAAUCAGUAAGGAUGAAAAAAAAGUAUUACGCCGCUUUUACACUGCUACUCGAAUCCACAAUCCUAACGCCGUCUUUACAUAUCAUUGUAUGACUUUAUAGAUACAGAUGUAAUUAGAUGUAGCUGAGACUCUUGUAGAUGUUGCGAUUCGCCAUUAGUGAUAUAACUUAAGAUAUAAAGAUAAUGAAUACAUCGAAUUAAUGAAAUUCUUUUGAAUCUUUAAGGACAGUAGGAUAUGUAAUAAGUACGACGUUUAUCUUUCUCUAUCUCUUUCUAACGAAGCUACUCUAUGAUAAAAGUAUGCUCGCAUAAUGGGCAUUGUCCAAAAAAAAUCACAUGCACUUUUUAUAUUUUUUUUC